UUCUGUGAGGCUUGCUAGCUAAAUUGCAAAUUUAAGAAGGAUUUUACAGUUUUGGAAUUCUGUGCUUCAGAAAUGCUCACCUGAAGACUGCCUGCAGUUUGCUGCCGAUUCAAAUUGCCGAAACAGGCUACCAGCUUGCAGCCAAAGCUGAAGCGGAUUAGGAUCGAGUCACAGACUCACAGCACAAGCACUGGCACAGGCACAAAUCGAAGUGUGCUGUUAUUUCUUGCUUUUCUUCAUUCCAGGAGUACCUAUUUUGUUAAUUGCUGAUCAAGGCUUUGCUGAUCAAGCUACGAGUUGAAGUACGUGAAGGUCCAAGGAAAUGGCUGAAGAAGCAUUGUUUGAGUUUUUGCAUCAUGAAAUUGUUGCGUUGGUUGUUGAAAAUGAAAAGAAGUCUGAUGCCGAAGCUGGACAAAAUGCAGUGUCAAAGCUUGAGCGAAUAGGGUUUGCUGCUGGUUAUAGAAUUGUGGAGAGGCUUACUCGAGAGUGGCCAAGAUUCAAAGAUGAGCUUGACACCAUGAAGUUUAUCUGUAAAGACUUCUGGUUGGCUGUUCACAGGAAGCAGAUUGAUAAUUUACGAACAAACCACCAAGGUGUCUAUGUGCUGUUAGACAACCGUUUCAGGUUCCUAUCACACAUGUCAACUGGCAAACAGUACUUGGAGUGCAGUCCACAGUACCUGGCUUACAUGUGUGGCAUGAUGCGAGGAGCACUGUCAAACCUGGGACUCAACUGUGUAGUGACAGCUGAAGUUACACACAUGCCAGCUUGCAAGUUCCACAUUCAAGUGCAGAGGACCUAAGUAAAGCAUUCAACAUCAGUGAAUCUUAUUUGUGAAGUCCCCUAAAACUUGUCAUGUACCUACUGACAAGUACUGUGUUGGAGGUGUGAUACAGAAAGCACCAAGGCACAUGUAUUUGUCCAGACUUCAGAGUUCAGAGCAUAGAGCAUGUUUCUGCUUCAUGCUAUCAUGUCUAGGCCCCAUGGAAGUGUCAGAACAAUGCUGUUUCAACUCUCAGCAAGCUCAUAUGAUUUAUGUCUAACAUCUACUUCACUAUUGUCAUGAGAAGAUUAAGAUGUCUAAUGAAAUAUGAAUACAUAUUAUUUGAACUGUA